AUGACCCAUAUGUUAAACGCAGCCGCAAAUAGAGUGAAAUGGACCAGAUCUAGGACUGCUAAAAGGGCUGCCUGCCUGAUGGCUGCGGCAUAUGCUCUGAAAACCCUCUACCCCGUUAUAGGCAAACGUUUAAAGCAGCCCGACUGCAAGAAGAAUCAGGAGGAAAUUUGCCGGACUGCAGAGAAUGGGAAGAAACUGCAUUGCACCGAGGGCUCUUGGAAGAAAGCUCCGGGAGUGAAUGCGGAUUUUUUCAAACAGCUUCUGCAGCUUCGGAAAAUUCUCUUCCCCAAACUUGUGACCACCGAAACAGGUUGGCUAUGCCUCCAUUCCGUGGCUUUAAUCUCGAGAACUUUUCUUUCGAUCUAUGUGGCUAGUCUAGAUGGAAAAAUCGUGAAGAGCAUCGUGGAGAAAAGACCCGGCGCUUUCAUCAUUAAAUUAAUCAAAUGGCUCAUGAUCGCAAUUCCUGCCACGUUCGUGAACAGUGCAAUAAGGUAUCUGGAGUGCAAGCUUGCUUUGGCUUUCCGAACUCGACUAGUAGACCAUGCCUAUGAGACCUACUUUACCAAUCAGACUUACUACAAGGUGAUCAAUAUGGACGGGAGACUUGCCAACCCCGAUCAGUCUCUUACUGAGGAUAUUAUGAUGUUCUCCCAGUCUAUAGCUCACCUGUACUCUAAUCUGACCAAACCCAUUUUGGAUGUGAUGCUGACUUCCUAUACCCUCAUCCAGACGGCUACGUCCAGAGGAGCGAGCCCAAUUGGGCCUACGUUGCUGGCAGGGCUCGUAGUGUAUGCUACUGCCAAAGUAUUGAAAACAUGCUCUCCCAAAUUUGGUAAAUUGGUGGCUGAAGAAGCUCACAGGAAGGGGUAUUUGCGGUAUGUGCACUCUCGAAUUAUAGCCAAUGUGGAAGAAAUUGCCUUUUAUAGAGGACAUAAGGUAGAAAUGAAACAACUGCAGAAAAGUUACAAGGCUUUAGCAGAGCAAAUGAAUCUCAUUUUAUCUAAACGCUUAUGGUACAUUAUGAUAGAGCAAUUCUUGAUGAAGUAUGUCUGGAGCAGCAGUGGACUAAUUAUGGUAGCUGUACCAAUUAUCACUGCAACUGGCUUUGCAGAUAGUGAUUUAGAGGAUGACCAGAAACAAGCUAUGGUUAGUGACCGUACAGAAGCCUUUACCACUGCACGAAAUUUAUUGGCGUCUGGAGCAGAUGCCAUUGAAAGGAUCAUGUCUUCAUACAAAGAGAUCACUGAAUUAGCAGGCUAUACUGCUCGAGUGUACAAUAUGUUUUGGGUCUUUGAUGAAGUAAAUAAAGGAAUUUAUAAGAGAACUGCUUUUCAAGAGACUGAAAAUCCUACCGGGAUUAGAGAUAAGAUAGAAUUAUUUCUCAGUGACACCUUGGAAAUCAAAGGAAAAGUUAUUGAUGUUGACCAUGGAAUUAUUUGUGAAAAUGUUCCAAUUAUAACACCAGCUGGAGAAGUUGUGGUUUCUAAGUUAAACUUCAAAGUACAAGAAGGAAUGCAUCUUCUGAUAACUGGUCCCAAUGGUUGUGGGAAAAGUUCUCUCUUCAGGAUUUUAAGUGGGCUAUGGCCUGUAUAUGAAGGAGUCCUCUAUAAACCCCCACCUCAGAAUAUGUUCUAUAUUCCACAAAGGCCCUACAUGUCUCUUGGAACUCUUCGAGAUCAAGUUAUUUAUCCUGACUCAGUAGAAGAUAUGCAUGAAAAAGGAUAUACAGACCAAGACCUGGAAUUCAUUCUCCACAAUGUUCAUCUCUACCACAUUGUUCAGAGAGAAGGAGGCUGGGAUGCUGUCAUGGAUUGGAAAGAUGUACUCUCAGGAGGAGAGAAGCAGAGAAUGGGCAUGGCUCGGAUGUUCUAUCAUAAACCUAAAUAUGCACUGCUAGAUGAAUGCACUAGUGCAGUCAGCAUUGAUGUUGAAGGGAAGAUCUUUCAGGCUGCAAAAGGUGCUGGAAUAUCCUUGUUAUCAAUUACACACAGGCCUUCUCUUUGGAAAUACCAUACUCAUUUAUUACAGUUUGAUGGAGAAGGAGGUUGGCGCUUUGAACAAUUGGAUACAGCUAUUCGUUUAUCAUUGAGUGAAGAAAAACAAAAACUGGAAUCCCAACUAGCUGGUAUUCCCAAGAUGCAACAGAGACUCAACGAACUAUGUGAAAUUUUGGGAGAAGAUUCCGUGCUGAAAACAAUCAAAAAAGAAAAAGAAACAUCCUAAUUUGUUCUGGUGUGUUCUGAAUUUUUUUGUGAUUGCUGUUGAAGAUUUUAAUGAGUUCUGAGACACUAUUACAAUGCAUGCAUUGUGUUAACCUAAGCACAGGGGGAGAAAUCA